CGAUGGCGGCAACAGACCGCGCCGGGAGAUUGAUAUAAUAAUAAUAUUAUUUUUCGUGUGGUCAGUUUCCUAAACGUCGUUGUGCGUGUACGCAACUACGAACGUACGUACAUGCACUACCGUCUACCACUGUCCGUCAUCAUCUUCAAAAGUUCCUCCGUGGUUCCACUCCUCCUUGGUGACUACCCCUCGUAUAGUAAUAAUAAUAAUAAUAAUAAUCACAAUUAAUAAUAUUUUAUCGCCGCGGACAGUGCGUGGUGCGCGUAUGUGUUGGUUCUAUUGUGGUGCGCGUUUAGUAUUUUUCUUUUCACUUUUUUUUUGUAAUUUUUUGUCUGACGGACAAUUUUACUUGUGAAACAAUCAGUUCCUGCUGUCCAGCAAGACGCCACCUUUAUUUGUAAUCGCAGAUAAUGUUUUUGAUGUGCUGAGCUAAUUUGUGGAACAUUUGAUGACGACAGUUGCAGACUGUUAGUGUGUACGCGUGCAUGCACGUAUGUAUGUGUGUGUGUCGUCUGUUUGUGUCACCCGCGUGGAAUCAGUAAAGUUUUGACGUGAUCCGAUUACUUGAAAGCGAUAUACUACCAAUUGUACCUACACCGGUACUGCCACUGCCGCUACCGACAACUCCAUCAUGGAAGUGAUGGAUUCCGAUGCCAACACUGUGUUGCACUCGGUCACCAAUGGCGUGAACGUCGGUCCGCCACCUGUAGUCACCUGGCCCGGGAUGGACAAUGUUACAAACGCKUCCAUGUUCGACGAGUCAAAUCUGCCGUAUGAAAUGAAAUUCAACGAGGGCCACGUGGUUGCCAUAGUCACUUACAGCAUACUCAUGGUAGUCUCAGCCAUAGGCAACAUCACGGUGCUGACGAUCAUACUGAAACGCAGACGAAAGGCUGGCACGAGGAUACACGCUAUGCUCAUGCACCUGGCCAUCGCUGAUCUGUUGGUAACGUUUUUGAUGAUGCCGUUGGAGAUAAUGUGGGCAUGGACUGUGCAAUGGAUACUCGGUGACCCAUUAUGCCGUAUCAUGUCAUUUUUCCGAAUAUUUGGACUAUAUCUUUCCAGUUUCAUAUUGAUUUGUAUCAGCGUUGAUAGAUACUUGGCUGUUUUGCAGCCAAUGCGUUUAUAUCAAAUGGAUAGCAGGGGAAAGUUAAUGAUUGCAGUGGCUUGGAUUGCAUCAGUUAUUUGUAGCUUACCGCAGACUUACAUAUUUCACGUGGAACGACACCCUAAUGCCACAUGGUACGAACAGUGCGUCACUUAUAACGCUUUUUCGUCCAAAUUGCACGAGCUGGCUUACUUAUAUUUCGGCAUGUUCAUGAUGUACUGGUUGCCUCUAAUCGUUAUACUAUUCUGCUACGCUUCAAUCAUCAUUGAAAUAUAUAGAAGGUCCAGGGAAUCGAUUUGCGGCCAAGGUACAGAUAAUGUGCGCCGUCUGGGAUUUUUAGGACGUGCCAAAAGCAGAACAUUAAAAAUGACAAUCAUUAUUGUCAUAGUGUUUGUUGUGUGUUGGACUCCCUACUACAUUAUGGCUAUUUGGUACUGGACGGACCACAAGUCGGCGCAGAUGGUCGAUCAGAAGGUGCAGCACGCACUCUUCAUGUUCGCGUGCACCAAUUCGUGUAUGAACCCGAUCGUAUACGGAGCAUUCAAUAUACGCACCAGGAGGACGCUGGUGACCCAGGGUGUGGGAGAAUCUGUAGCCUCAGUAAGAGUGGUCACGUGGCAUAAAUUAACCAUGCGAUCAAAAGCUAAUCGAAAAUCUACUAUUGGAAACAAAGCGGCAUUGUUCAAAUCUACUCAGAACGGUAACACAAACGAUGACAUUUUGGUAAACGAAAACGUCACAGUUACCACGACGUUGUGCAACGACAACGAUAUUAACGAUAAGAAUACUUAA